ACCUAAUCAAUCCAUAGUUCUCUGUGCAGUGCAUUAACCACAAUGUGGAGACUGUUCUAGACCUAUCUGAUGAUAUGCCAAGAUUAGUUCAAGGUGACUCUGCAAGAGUUGUUCAAAUUUUUGCAAACCUAAUUAGCAAUUCUAUCAAGUUUACUACGUCUGGCUACAUUGUUCUGCGAGGAUGGUGUGAGAAUCCAAACACUUCUAGCAACGGCAGGAAGUUUCAUCUCAAUCCAAAGGAAUCAUGGAGUACACAUAAAACAAUUUUGAAGCAAUAUGUAAACCACGCAAAGAGAUCCUGCAAAAAAGAUAACAAAGUGAUUCUUUGGUUUGAAGUUGAUGACACUGGCUGUGGAAUCGAUCCAAGCAAAUGGGAGUCUGUUUUUGAAAGCUUUGAGCAAGCUGAUCCCUCAACAACUCGCACGCAUGGUGGCACUGGCCUUGGCCUAUGCAUUGUGCGAACCUUGGUGAACAAGAUGGGUGGAGAAAUCAAAGUGGUAAAGAAGAAUGGCCCGGGCACUCUAAUGCGAUUAUACUUGCUUCUCGGUACAUCAGCAGAUACUGCAGGAAAGCAUUGUCAACUAAAAUUUACUGAACAUAGCUUGAUGGUCCUACUUGCACUGAAUGGUAAAAUGGGUAGAUUGAAAAUGUCUCAGUGGUUACAGAAAAACGAAGUGCUUACCUGGGAAGCAUCUGAAUGGAAUGAGCUGACUCAAAUUCUUCAGGAACACUUUAAAGCCAAAAGUAAUGCACAAUGUUCACCUACAGAAUGCUCAUAA